AGCAAAUUCAAUACUUUUGUUUUUAUCACAAAUUCCAACAUAAACCCUAGUCCCAUGUACCUAGUUCCGGAGGUACUAGAAGAGAUCUUCCUUGGUCUGCCAUUGAAAUCCAUCCUAGAAUUCAAAACCGUCUCAAAACAAUGGAGAUCAAUACUUGAGUCGAAGAGGUUCGCAGAGCGUAGGCGUCGUAUGGUGAAUAUUCAAACGAAACUGAAAAUCAUAGUGGCAGUAGACCGAAACCUAAUCCAACAUGAAUUACACAGGGACGAAGAGGUAGAGAUGGUCUACUUACACAGCAAUGUCACCGCCUCACGGCCGUCGCUGUCAUGUGACAGUCUUGUCUGCAUCCCCGUACCUGGUUGGGUCAAAGUUUUCAACCCUUCCACUGGAGUGUUUCUUAGAUUCUCUUCCGGUCCAGAGACAAUGAUAUCGCGUGAUUUUGAUCCUCGAUUUGAGAUCUUCCCUAGAUGUUGGAGGAUGGGAUUCGGUAAAGACAAUAUCACUGAGAGAUAUAAGAUAGUGAGGAUAUGUUUUAACGAUGAUUUGGAGAUUUGUCGUCGUUGCGAGAUUCUUGAUGUUAACAUUGGGAGAUGGAGGAGACUGAGGCCACCUCCUUAUGUUUUAGGGUUUAAAAGGAAGUCGACAUGUGUGAAUGGGUCCAUCUACUGGGUAGAAGUAAUUCCUCGGCACAAACUUUUAGCUUUGAAUCUUCACACAGAAGAGUGGCGUCACCUUACACUACCGCAGGGAACACUAGGAACUUCAUGCCAAGUAGCAAACCUUGAAAACCGGCUGGCCUUAGCCGCAACCUAUUUUAGUAAUCAUCAUUGGAAUGUGAAGAUAUGGUGCUUGCAUGCACCACAAGAAGAAGCAUGGAGUGUGAUUUAUACCAUACGUUUAUUCCCUUCCGAGCACCGUUACGACGGCGUUUUCCCUUUAUGGUUUUGGGCUAGGCCAGUGGCGGUUUCUAAGCAAGGAAAUCUUUUUUUCCAUGACAACUGCAAGAGGUUGUUCAAAUAUUACCCAGAGACAGAUGUAGUUCGCUGCGUUCAUAGAGAUAUUUGUGUGAUAUCUCCUUUUGUUGAAGAUUUGGUCCCACUUGGACGUUUGGAUUCUGUUCCGGACAUGAUGAGGACAUAUGGACUUCGACAUCUAGAUCAUGUGCCCUUCUCCUCUAGGAUACCCAACUUUUUCAGACGAAUGGAGUUCCCGAGUAGCUUGAUCACUACUUCUUUUGUGACUCUUGCAAUAUUUCAGUUUUGUUCCCUAUUGUCUAGGUCUUGAUAUUGUUGCGUUUCCGGCUAGUGGUCUCGUAUUGAUUCAAAACCGCAUGCCUUUUUUCUUCCUACACCGAUGUUCUUGCAUCUGGCUUUGUGAAAUGUUUGCUGUAAGACAAAUAUAUUUUUCAAUUACAUUACUAUUUAAAAAGUUGGCAUCAAUCGACCAAACCCUAUAUUGGACACUAAAUAUUGGCACCUCAACGUUUCCAAGAUCUUUAAAAUACGCAACCGAUGCAAUCGAGAAACCCUUUGCUCUCACCGGAGAGAAGUUUUCUCCCAAACGGAUCUCAUCAAUCACUGGAGCAAGAUACUUCUUCUUAAACCACUUCCAUAAUCUCCUUCACCUGUCCGUGACGUUCUCUUUCACCUUCAGUACGUAACGUGACUCUCGCAACUGAUCCUACAGGAGGUUUCAAGACUCCGGAUACUUGAUCGGCGAUCCAGUCUCAACGGCCAUGAUGUCUUCCCAUAUCUGCAUGGUUUCCUCGACGACGCGAAUGUGAUUGGGACGUGCGAAGUACGCGCUGAGAUCGUCCUUGGAUCUGUAGCGGCUGUACUGACGUUGCAUGAUUGUGAUUGAACUAUAUAUGUUUUUCUGACUUGCGCUGUGCAGGAUGAUAAUCACAUUGCCACUGGCAGAUGCUUGUUCACUACCAUGAAAGUUUUGGUUAUAAAAAUGAAACAACAAAGGAAUUAGAGAUUGGAAGAAGAGACGACAGAGAAUCACUUACAUCUUUUGUUUGACCUAGACGAUGAGCUCUGUCCAUUGCUUGUAAAUCCAAGGUGAGAUUCCAAUCUCUUUCAUAUAAAAUGACUUGUGUCAGCAACCGUCAAGUUGAUACCAAGUCCUCCAGCUCUGGUGCUCAGCAAGAAUACAAAAAUAUCGUUCCUGCAAUCAUGUAGGGUUUUUAUAUACUUGUGCACAGCAAGCCUCACUAGAGCAUUAAAAGAAAAAGGCUAGAGAAAUUUAAUUCAUACAAGUCCAUAUCUUUAGAAUAUUUACGUUCAUGUUUUAGCCUUUUUUCACCUGCGGUUCAAGAAAGAAGUGGUUUGCUUAUUAUAUAUUUUUGUCUACUGUGGUUUUGAAACUUCUCUCACAUGUGUAGGAGGCCUUGCAUGUAAUUUGCAUUUUUUUUUUAAAAAAAUUCUGACUCAAUUUCAGAGAUAGAGAGAUGACAUUAAUUAUAUCGGUUAUGUGUUUUUAUCAUUUAUCAAUUUAUAUGGUUGCUAAUACUUUAUUUUCUUUGAGAUUUAAGGAUAAGUGCUUGUUUUCUUGAGAAAAAGAGUCCAGGGACCAUAUAAAGCUUUGUAAUUGUAAGUUUUGUGCGGAUUCUCCACUUUACAUGGCUCUGAGAAAUUGUCUAUGGAAAAAGUGCAGUGACAUUUGGCAAAAGGCAAUCACUUUUAUCCACUUUCACUUGAUAUCUCGAAUCCAUCACAAUAAUAUUCACAUUCAUUUGGCACUUAGAUAUUCGCUAGUUCUUAAACUUGUUAAAUUUUGUGGUUAAAUCGUAGAAACUCAACUACCUUCAAGUUCUUUGUUGAUGAUAUGCCAGCAUUAUAUGCAUCCGGAGAUAUCUUUGAUUUGCUUGCAUGGUAUAUAAGUUUGUGCUACACAAGACUACAUUUUCUGGUGGUCUGAUAACUUUGUCACACUUCUGGCUUCGGUGAAUGAGUGAGAUCCAUUUUAUGUGGCUCAAGAAGAAUAUGUAUUAUGCCACUCUGGUGGCUAAAUUCAUAUGGAUUUUAUAACACUCAACGUAUCUUUUGAGAGAAUUCAUCAGCUUAACAGUGGUGACUAAAUAAGACCAUCAUUGACAAACCCAAUGGAUAUUAUCAACUACAUACAGCAAAAUCCUUAACAAUCAGUCACUAAUUAUAUAUUUAUAUAAACGGAACACGGAAAAGUGCGGAAGAGUGCAAAAAAAAAAGGAGUAA